AUGGCAGACAUCAAAGUCGACCCCAAAGAUGGCUUGGCCGUCCAAGAUUUAUCUACGCUUGAUGUCACCAAGCUGACGCCCCUGACUCCGGAAGUCAUUAGCAGACAGGCAACGAUGAAUGUUGGCACUAUCGGCCAUGUUGCCCACGGAAAGUCCACUGUAGUGAAAGGCCUUUCUGGCACGCACACAGUGAAGUUCAAGGCGGAGAAAGAGCGUAACAUUACCAUCAAGUUGGGCUACGCAAACGCGAAGAUCUACAAGCGCGAUCCUGGAGAAGGUGAUCAGGACCAUCCGUACUGGUCUGGUGGUAGUUCCACGCCAGAUGUCGUCGACGACAUGAGGCUGGUUCGCCAUGUUUCAUUUGUGGACUGCCCCGGACACGAUAUUCUCAUGGCCACGAUGCUUAACGGAGCUGCCGUCAUGGAUGCAGCACUCCUAGUUAUUGCAGGAAACGAGACGUGCCCACAGCCCCAGACUUCCGAACAUCUUGCAGCAGUGGAAAUCAUGCGGCUGAAGCACAUCAUCAUCCUUCAGAACAAGGUCGAGCUGACCAAGCAGCAGGAGGCCGAAUCCAGGUACGAAGAGAUCAAGAAGUUUGUGGCGGGAACGGCAGCAGACAGUUCGCCAAUCAUUCCCAUCAGUGCUGUCUUGAAGUACAACCUGGAUGUGAUUUGUGAAUACUUGUGCACGCAAGUGCCGAUUCCACCUCGGGACUUUACGUCGAUGCCGGUUAUGAUUAUCAUCCGAUCCUUCGACGUCAACAGGCCGGGUGAGGAGGUGGCCAACCUGAAGGGAGGUGUCGCCGGCGGUUCCAUCCUGAAGGGGGUCUUGAAAAUGGGAGAUGAAAUCGAGAUUAGGCCUGGCAUCGUCACCAAAGACUCAAGCUCGGACAGCGUCCAGUGCCGUCCGAUCCGCUCGCGGAUUAUGUCCCUGCUUGCCGAGCAGAACGCGCUCCAGUUCGCAGUGCCGGGAGGCCUCAUUGGAGUCGGCACCAAGAUCGACCCAAAGCUGACCCGUGCAGACAAGCUUGUGGGGCAUGUGCUCGGACAUCCAGGCAAACUUCCAAGCAUCUACAUUGAGAUCGAGGUCAAGUUCUAUCUCCUGCGACGACUGCUAGGAGUCAAGACGGAUGGCGAUGGCAAGGCUGGGAAGGUGGCCAAGCUCAAAAAGGGCGAGAUCCUCAUGGUAAACAUUGGAUCUACCGCAGCAGGCGGAAGAGUACUGGGCAUCAAGGAUGACAAUGACUACGCCAGAAUCACCCUGACACAUCCUGUGUGCACACAGGAGGGCGACAAGGUUGCCCUGAGCCGCAGGACGGUCAGCAAUGCUUCCGUCACGCGGGUGUGUCACGGCUCUCUUGAGGCAUCCACUCGCACCACGGUUCUGGGUAGCAGCCUGGUCUGCAGCACUGCAAGCGGCCGCUCGAUGUCCCCAGUUUGGAUUGCACGCGGCAUGGCGGAGGCCAAGCGCCACAGCGCGGUGCCGCAGUCCCGCACCACCUCGCCGCAGCUGGGCUCUUCCCUGCGGUCUGCGGCCUCAGAGGUGAAGCGCGCACCACUGGCGCCGUUCAACUGGCAGGUUUCCAAGCUCGGGAAGGAUGUCACCAGUCUGGCUACGCGCACGGUGAGCACCCGCUCGGCGGCAUCCUCUGCACCAUCAUCUUCAUCAACACCCAUUGUGCCCUUGUCCGGCAUCUCACUCCCCAUGACCAAUGAGCAGGCGUCAGACAUGGCUGAAGCUGUCGGUGGCAUCACUGCAGGCAGAAAGAACGUCCGAUUCUGUCCGGAAGAGGCCUUGGAUAAGAAGGCAUAUCUCGAGGAGGAGAAGGUGGCAAUGGCCGGAGAGAAGCCGCUGGCAGCAGGACGCACGCCAAGUUAUGGAGGAGCGUGA